AUGCGGGACACCCUCCCCGUCAUCGGCCACCAGUCCCUGCGAACGAUGUGCCUCCUCGCGUCCCACGAUGCGGGUAUGAGUCUGAACCGGCUGGCGACCAAGACCUCGCCGUUCGUCACGCCGGCGAAUGUGCAGACGCAGACGCUGGAUGUGGGCGCGCAGCUUGCCAGCGGCGUGCGGCUCUUCGACGUGCGGCCGGUGGUGUCUGGCGGGGCGUACUUCACAGGACACUACAGCAAUACGAAGUCGCCGCUGCGGUGGCAGGGCGCGAACGGGGUGUCGGUGGCGGAGAUUGUGGGCCAGGUCAACGCCUUCACGGCCGCGUGUGCGGAGCUCGUGAUCUUGGACUUCUCCCACGCGAUAGAUACGGACGAUAGGUACGAGAACUUCACGCAGCGGCAGUGGGACGUGUUAUUCGACAUGCUCGCGGACCCUGUGACGGGUCUGAAGAACCUGUUCACCGCGCCCGCUGGGACGAGGGAUCUGACGAGGUUGUCGAUCAACCAGUUCAUAGGCUCCGGCAAGGCAGCAGUAGUGUGCCUCAUCCAAGCGGACCGGCACAUCCGCAUUCCCAAGAAAUACGACGGCAGGGGGUUCUACAUGAAGCACGCCUACUUCCCGGUCCGCCCGUCCGUGGCGUAUUCGAACACGGACGACGUGCGGUUCAUGAUGUACGACCAGCGGCGGAAGCUGGAGCGGUACAAGACGCGGAGGGAGGACCCCGUUGUGGAGACGAGCUGGACUCUGACGCAGGUGACGGGCGCGGAAGCCGCCGGGUUCGGGCCGUCGAUUCUGGAGCUUGCGUUCCGGGCGAGGAAUCAGUUGUUCCCCAACUUGUGGGGAUUUUGUAUGGACGACGCGUUUCCGAACUUGAUUGCGCUGGAUAAUGUCGAUUCUACGGAGUAUCUGGCUUUGGCGAUGGCUGUUAUGUGGUGGUUCAGUCUAGAUGGGAAAGGGAGGAGGGCGGAUCAUCAUCUUUGA